AUGCGAAAACAAGGGUUGGUGAGGAUCAGCCGAGGCCUUGAUGAUAAAUUGAGAUCACUAUCAAGUCUACCUCGAUCUCUUGUGCUUGGUAAGAAUCGGCAGUCGACACUUGGUCAGUUAGAGAUCUUGUUUUUUCAGAUGUCAAACAUUUUGUUUGUUAUUCCAAGUGAAGUGGUGCAACUUUACUCGUCACCCACAGAUAAGAUAGUCAUCACUGGGGAAUUUGAUGAUUGGAAACACUCAGAUUAUGUUCUCAGAUACUAUGGAGACGAAGGUUAUAAAGUAGAGAUCCCCAGGAUAAGUGGAAAGGAGAAAACGAUGUUUAAACUGGUGAUCAACGACCGAGAAUGGAUAACUUUAUCGUAUUUUGAGACAGCAGUCGAUGAUUCUGGCCAUACGAAUAACGUCCUGAAUUACCAUGACUACGAGAUGGACGAGUCGCUCGAUGAUGUGACGAUUGGCAGCGUAAGGCAAGAGAACGAGCAACAGAAACAGCUGCUAAGUUUCACUGCAGAAGUCACCGAGGAUCAGUUCUUACCGCCUGAAAUACUGUCAACGGCUUCUGCUCCACAAGUCGGACUGAACGAUUAUGUCAACAUUUCGUCGUACGGGGAGCUGAGUAGCACGGAGGAUCUGGAGUUUGCUUGCGACUCAGAUUUGGGCUUGGAAGAAACGAUCCAGUACGAUUCCAAUGUCUCCUUUGGAAGCAGUCAGAGGCCGCUCGAUGGGCUCGUGUCGAUGGUACACAAGGCUAGAACUUACUGGCACGCUUAA